AGCCAAGUUAAAGUUCAUCGUUGUCGGGGAAAUGGAGAGAGGCCUGGUAGCCACGAGGGAGAGAUGCUUUGGGACUUGCUUCAACCCAGCCUCCUCCCUGAAGAGGAAUGGGAAUGAGGACUGAAAUGGGUUCAUGCCCGGGGCGAAUCGAGCGGCUCCUUUUCCAUUGGGCUGGGUGCCGGUCGGAAGACAGAGGUGUCUAGUUGUCUAGUUGGGGCUUUUGGAUUUUGAUUGGAUGACAAGCCUUGGGGAGCAGUACUACAAAGAUGCCAUGGAGCAGUGCCACAAUUACAAUGCCCGUCUCUGUGCUGAGCGCAGCGUGCGCCUGCCUUUCUUGGACUCACAGACCGGAGUAGCCCAGAGCAACUGUUACAUCUGGAUGGAAAAGCGACACCGGGGUCCAGGAUUGGCCUCUGGGCAGCUGUACUCAUACCCUGCCCGGCGCUGGCGGAAAAAGCGGCGAGCCCACCCUCCUGAGGACCCAAGGCUUUCUUUCCCAUCUAUUAAACCAGACACAGACCAGACCCUGAAGAAGGAGGGGCUGAUCUCUCAGGAUGGCAGCAGUUUAGAGGCUCUGUUGCGCACUGACCCCCUGGAGAAGCGAGGUGCCCCAGAUCCCCGAGUUGAUGAUGACAGCCUGGGCGAGUUUCCUGUGACCAACAGUCGAGCACGGAAGCGGAUCCUAGAACCCGAUGACUUCCUGGAUGACCUCGAUGAUGAGGACUAUGAAGAAGACACUCCCAAGCGUCGGGGCAAAGGGAAAUCGAAGGGUAAAGGCGUUAGCAGUGCCCGUAAGAAACUGGACGCUUCCAUCCUAGAGGACCGAGACAAGCCCUAUGCCUGUGACAAUAGUUUCAAACAAAAGCAUACCUCGAAAGCGCCCCAGAGAGUCUGUGGAAAACGUUACAAGAACCGACCAGGCCUCAGUUACCACUAUGCCCACUCCCACUUGGCUGAGGAGGAGGGCGAGGACAAGGAAGACUCUCAGCCACCCACCCCCGUUUCCCAGAGGUCCGAGGAGCAGAAAUCCAAGAAAGGUCCCGAUGGACUGGCCCUGCCCAACAACUACUGCGACUUCUGCCUGGGGGACUCAAAAAUCAACAAGAAGACAGGACAACCCGAGGAGCUGGUGUCCUGUUCUGACUGCGGCCGCUCAGGGCAUCCGUCUUGCCUGCAGUUCACCCCCGUGAUGAUGGCGGCAGUGAAGACCUACCGCUGGCAGUGCAUCGAGUGCAAAUGCUGCAACAUCUGUGGCACCUCCGAGAAUGACGACCAGCUGCUCUUCUGUGACGACUGUGAUCGUGGCUACCACAUGUACUGUCUUACCCCGUCCAUGUCUGAGCCUCCUGAAGGAAGUUGGAGCUGCCACUUGUGUCUGGACCUGCUGAAGGAGAAAGCUUCCAUCUACCAGAACCAGAACUCCUCUUGAUGUGGCCAGUUCCCCUGUCCCCCCAACAUCUAGGGCUGUUUCCUCCUCUCUUGUUUUCCAUAACCCAUUUUCCCUUCCUCCUCUCUCUCAAAAGUCCAGAGAACCUGGGGGUGGUUGUGCCAACCUGCCUUUGGCAGCAGCAAGCUAAAGUGGCAGCUCUGACUGCUUCUGGCCCCAGGCCCUCAGGGAGAACGGAGCAACACAUGCCCCAAGGAGUACCUGUGGGCCCAGCUUCUCAUGGCUCUCCAUGAAGUGCAUUCACUUUGCCUGCCUUGGGCCCUGGCCCUGAUGAUCACAGGGUUCACACAGUGUCCACUGAGAAAGAGUGGGGGGAACAGCUCACUUCUCUCUCAGCUUUGCCUCCACACUGGUCCCCAGGGUUUUCCCUUCCCCCAGGGGUGAGUCAAGCUGGGACCUCUUUACCAGGAGUAGCUGGUAGUGAGCAACUGAGUAAAUUGAGGAAGAACUUGCAAGGAGCUUUUCAUGCCCUUCCUGCUGCUUAGCCUCACCACCCUCUUCCCUCAGAGUGGCUCUCUGCAGCCUUCUGUUCCUGCUACUGAGGAUCCUUUGCCCAAGCCAGUAGGUUCUUGGUCAUCCUCUGGGUUCUGCCCUGUCCCAUCCCAGGGGGAGUAGCAGCUUCACCCUGAUUCUUGUGCUUACCUGGCUUACUCUCACAGAUGACUGCAGCAUUCCCCACUAUUGGAAUUUCCUAUCUUCUGCUUCCCUUCCUUAUUCCCUUUGGUUUUGUGGGGAGAGGAAGCAUCAGGGGUCCAGGCCAGCCACUUGGGGGUCACAGGGAGAUGUUGGACAAUGUGCCUGUUUUUUAACUCGAUAAAAAAGCCUACCUCCGUAAUUUCCUUUUUGUUCUUCCUGGACCUGGGUAUUCAGCUCCUGCCCUUAACUGAAUUGAGAGUCUCUGCCUCCUGUUCUGUGGAUCCUGGGUCCUGGGUCACAGGGAAGCCACAUAGACAUCCCUUUCUUCCCUCGCACACUCACUAGCAGCUGGUAAGGUCUUCACACCCUGAUCACUCACUUUUCUGCCUGGUAACACUUCAGUAGUGGGAGGGAUACUCCAUGCUAGGACACCCUGGUGUGGCCUUCCCCUUGGCCAUGGGCAGGCCCUAAUUCACUGUUGCUUUGGAGAUGUGUCUUUUUUCUUUCUUUAGUUCCCGUAUUCUAAACAUUAGUACAAAUAAACAUUUUUACACAGA